GAGUCCUCGAAGAGGCCGCAUGAAAGUGACAUCUCAAAAGAAUGCUUUAUUCCAACAAAGAAAACUUCUCGAGAUGAUUAUAAGAGCAGAAAAGAUAACUUCAUGCAAUGGUGUUCCAGAGAGAGAAUAAAUAUUGGCCCAAAGGUCAUGAUCAGUCGGGAGGGAUCAUGUGCCCAGUUUGGCAUGGUGGCGAUUGCAGAUGUCAAGGAAUCAGAAUGCUUGUUUGAGGUACCUAGGCACUGUGUUCUCAGGCCAGAGACAUCUAGUGUUGCAGAGAUCAUAAAGGAAGCAUCAGAUCAGCUCGUGAGCGAAAGUGGUUGGGUGAAGCUUCUGAUAUCGCUGUUGUAUGAGUACACAAAUCCUUCAUCUAGGUGGAGGCCUUAUUUUGAAAUGGUUCCUGAAUUCUCCGAGGUGGACCUGCCAAUGUUCUGGGACAGGUCUGAGAGACUGGUAGAGUUGAGAGGAACAGGAGUAGAUAUGGCUGUAGAGAAAGAUCUUGAAAACGUCAAGAAAGAAUUCAACAAUAUUGUUUUGCCAUUUAUCAGGAAACAUGAUGAUAAAUUCCCAGUUCAGUGUCAAAGUAUAGACUUGUACAAGCGAAUGGUGGCAUUUGUCAUGGCAUACAGCUUCACUGAGCCAGAGAGAGAAGAGGAUUCUGAUAUCGAUACAGAGGAUAUGCCCAUUACUAAAUCACCUCCGAUGAUGGUUCCAGUGGCAGACAUACUUAAUCACAUAGCAAAGAAUAAUGCUAGUUUGCAGUUUGGGAAGGAGAGCCUAAAAAUGGUUGCAACGAGAGAUAUAAGAAAGGGUGAAGAAGUAUACAACACAUAUGGUCAAUUGGCGAACAACCAGUUAUUACACAUGUACGGAUUUGCAGAGCAGUAUCCUGACAAUCAUUUUGAUACAGUCGAUAUUCCAAUGAAGUUGAUUUAUGAAGUUGCAAAGCAGGAAACGGAAGAUGUGGAUCUUCUUGAUGAGAAGUGGGAAUUUCUCCAAGGCAUGGAUUUGAUACCAGAUGACGGGGUAUUUGUCAUUGGAGCAGACGGUGUGCUUACAGAAGAGGAACUGUAUCACACAUUGAAAGUUUUGAAUCUGAAUCGGGCCGAGUUUGAAGACCAUCGUGAGAAAGAGGGUUGGAGUGACGAUAAUGAAGAUGAAGAAAACAUGACCUUUGCCAACAUUCCCUUGCUGCCCCAAUCAUGGAAGGUAUUACUUGCCAAGGUGCUGCAAGAAACAUUUUCAGGAUAUGCACAAUCACCGGAAGAGGAUGAAAAACAGUUGCAGAAUCUCAGCACCUUGUCAAGACGGAAGAAAUAUUCAUUAUUCGUACGGAAUGGCCAGCGGAAAUUGUUACAGAGACUCUUACAGUGUUGUCAGUAACUUUUUUCGCCUCUCAUCCAUAUUGUCACUGGGGCCAUCAUACAUUACGAAAUAUGCUCUGGAAAUUUCAUUGUUCAUUACAUCUGCAUUUUCAAAAUAAAUGCUUUUUCGGCUGUUUUUUACAAAUACGCAACAUUUAAUCAUGAAGAUACCUGUAUUGUCUGAAAUAAGCAAAGUUUUUGUGUGCCAUGUUGAUAUUUUGUUUCAUCUUCAUUAAUGUUCAUGCAAUCAUGUGUUAGCAUGCUGUCAUGCUAACUUGCUUUCUAACUACUGGGCCUCGGCAGUACAAAGUUAGGUUAGUAUUGAAUGACUUGAAUGGAAUUUAAAGCUCCAGGACCACACAGUAAUCCCACCAAGCUUGCAAUUGUUUGUGAUUACAUGUGUACAGAAUCAUUAAUUCCAAAGAGGCGCGUAUAUUUUUUGUCAUUCCUACAUGUACAUGUAGUUUAUGAGUUCUGUAUAAAGUGUUGUGUGAGUUGGUGUAUCUUUAGAGUACAUUUAAAGUACUUGAGUACUUUCUUACAUGUAUAUUGGUCUCCAUGUUAGUUUAUUCAUCAUCUUGACCACCAAGGUUUUUACAUCUCAUCUGUUUAAUUCUUAUAUCUUCAGAAUGACCUGAUGUAAAAUCCUAGUUCGGGAUGUACAUUCAUGUGUCGAUUUGUGAUUGGAGUACAGUUGAGCCCCUUUGUUAAAGACAAAAUUUCACGGCCCACAGGAUGUCUUUUAAACACAAAUACCUGUUAUUCUGAUGUACUUUGUUGAAACUAGCCACUGAUUUUUGGUAGUCUGCCAUGACAUUGCAGGAUUAUUUUCAUUAACCCACAAAAUGUGCAGCUGUUAAAUGUAAAUGUAUUCAGGCUUGGAAUGUCUUGUUGGAUCAAAGUUAAAAUGAAGAGGUGACACCACAUUUUUUUCGCUGAAAUAAAGUUGCAAAAAAGAAGGCAAACUCUGUUUAAUAGCAGCCAUAAUUGUUAUUGUUUGUUUACAAUAUCUUGGUAAUGUAAUGAUUAUCUUCCGCUAUAGAUAGAGUAUAAUUUGUCAGUGUAAUAUUAAUGCAUUUAAGUAAAAGUGUGUGUAUUGGUGGGCAUUUUCUUCCUACACAAAACUACCUUUAUGUAAGAACUGUAAGGUGAAAUUAGUGUCUUUUGAUUAAAAAAUGCUAU